UGCAUUUGUGAGUUGUUGUUGUACUACGUACUACACUGACGAGGAACGGAAGAUUUGUUGUUCAACUUGCUUUCUAACUUCAAAUUAUAAACAUGGUUUAAUGACUCAAGGGAAACCAUGAAAAUGGAAAAUGUUGCGCAUAAUACUCUCUGGACUAUUUGCUGUACAACUUGAUGGCUUAACAAAGAAAUCUUAAUAAGUCUUUAAGUUUAUAUCAUCGAGUUGGCUUUGAUAGGAGAAAGGGAAAGAUCAAUCAAAAUGCCAAUUUUCCUGUCAGAGCAUUUGCCAUUGCCAUCCUUGAAGUCAUACACCAUCUUUAGUCUUUCACUGUUUGUUAUGGGACUGCUUUCGAUCAGAAGCAAAGAUCAUGACGAAGAUGAAGACAUUGUAAGCUCACUUGGAAGGAAUGGCUUUUGUGCAUGGUCAAGUGUAAAUAUGGCUUAUUGUUGCUUAUUUCUUUUUGGCAAAAUCAUUCAGAGGUUUGUUUUUGGAGACUUGAAGGCUAUUGAGGAACAGCAUCUACAAGAAAGCUUUUGGAAUUACAUUUUCUACAAGUUUAUUUUUGUUUUUGGUGUGAUAAAUGCACAAACAGUUACAGAGGUUAUGUGUUGGCUGGCCUGGUUCUCCAUGGUUGGUUUCUGGAAAAUUUUUGGCCAAAUUUGUAAAGAUAGAUUUGAAUUUAUUUUAUCAUCUCCAAGCGCAUUACGCAAGUCACACAAAAAGCUUUUGUGCCUUGUGAUUUCUAUUCUUUCAUCCACGUUUUGCAUGUCCAUUGCUGCAUAUUACUCAAAUUUUGCCAAUAACUGGAGCAUCUUUGGAUUUAUGCUCGCUGAGUGUAUUCUUCUUGGGCUGGAAUGUCUACAUAUUCUUGCAAAGUACAUGAUUCAAAUGGUUGAUUUAGCUCGUGACGAGAAUUGGGAAAACAAAACAACCUUGUCAUAUUAUGUUGAUCUAUUCUUUGAAUGCCUCAUUCAUGGCAUUGAUUUGCUUCAUCAUCUUCAUAUGCUGCUGUGGUCGAAUGUAUUCUUAAGCAUGGCAAGCCUCGUCCUUUAUUGGAACAUUCGAACAAUAUUUUCUGAUUUGAAGAAAAAACUAAGAAAACAUCAAAGAUACAGAAAAAUAAUUAAAAACGUGCAAGAAAGGUUCGCCCUGGUAGAUGAAGACGAAUUAGCUCAGUUCGAGGAUAAUUGUGCAAUUUGCUGGGAUGGCAUGAAAAGUGCAAGAAAACUCCCAUGCUCCCACAUUUUCCACCAGUCUUGCCUAUGCUCCUGGCUUCAACAGGAUACAUCUUGCCCAACUUGCAGAAUGUCCCUUGCAGAACUGAUGGAUCUGCCCGAGCGAAGUACGAACCAACCACUUUUGGAUGGUGAUAUUGAUCAAAGACAGUUUGCAGAGAUACAGGCCCGUGGAAACCAGCGGAAUCACUUUUUUCAUUUUGAUGGAACAAGAAUCGCCAACUGGUUCCCAAGCUUCUCAAUUGAGGUAUUUCAUGGAGGCAAUCUUGACGAAACGUCAGACCAGGAACUGGAAGAAAUGGCCCUGCAGGUUCACACUAUGUUUCCAAGUAUACCAUACAAUGCUAUUCUCGAUGACGUCAGACGGACCCAUUCCUCUGAAGCAACAGCGGAGAACAUUUUGGAAGGAAACAUUCUUUUCAACAGUGACCGCUCUGAACUGGCAGAUGAAAUCUCCAACAACGAACAAACAACAGAAACCCCGUCAGAAGAAAGGCCUUCAGAUUUCUGCCUAGACGACAACAAAAGCGAACUUUCAAGAAGAAUCUCUGAAACAAGCAGCGCAUCAGCACUAGAAACUGCCAGUGACACUAGUGAUAGUUGCACUGAGUUUUAUGAAGAUGCAGACAGAAGGCAACAGGCUUUUAGCAACAGGCGUCAGAAGAUCUAUGCCAACGCAAGAAGGCGAUUUACAAGCAUGGGUAGAGAGCAUUCAUCCUCAUCGCAGACAGAAGUAUUGUCUCCACACCUCUUAAGUCGGACACACCUUUCAAAUGUACAAGACCAAGAAGAGAGACGAGCAAGAGUGUUGGAAGCAAUAGAAAGAAGGUCGGUGGCAGAACAGCAGUAAGCUGGCAAAAAAGCAUGAUGCUAGCAUUAAACUUUAGUCUAGCUCUCUUAUAAUGAAGAAAGCAAGGAAAGCACAUCCAAUACCCUCCUUUUUACUACUAAUGAUCCAAAAAAGAGCCGAGUAGAUAUAUGAAAAUUCAGUGGAUGUUGAAAGGUUUAAGACCUAGUCCUGCGGUUUUUUCUUUGCAAACAUUAUUUGAAUAUACAUCCUGUGGUAUGUCCUUCAUAAUGAGGACCUCAAUAUUUGUAUAUGAGGAUUGCUUAUAUUAUAUUUUAUUCAUUAGACUUAUAAAAAGCUUUCAGUUUUAUUCAAAACAUUGUUGAUAACUUUUUUGUCAAUAAGACAAAUUUGACCUGAAUUGUAUCAUCUGUAUUCUUGAUAUAGUACGUAGAAAAGGUUUGCAUUGAAAAUCUCUGAUUUGAUAGAGCUAUGUAUUUAAUUUGUUAAGUCCUAAAUAUAAAUCGGGGUUGCUUAUAAUAUAUGCAUACAUACAUGUAUUUAAAGAAUUUUUGAAUUAACUUUAUCCAAUGACUCGUUCAAAAAUUACAUAUCAUUUUUAAUGACCAUUUUCUAAUCACAUCUUUACCAUGGUUGAGCAGGAUAUUAACCUUAAUUUCAUAAAUGCAACAAGAAGCCAGCUUAGCUCCCACCUACCAUAAAUGUGUUAUAUGUAAUUUUGAACGAGUCCCAACUGUAAAAGUUAUUGUAAAUCUUCAUUUAAUUACAACAGCUUUGUGCUUUUUGUGUUAGAGAAAAUAGACAGUAAACAAUUAUAUGAGGGUAAAAUAAAGCAGUUUACGAUGCGGGUAUUGCUCAGGAAAGUGAAUGUCAAUCUAGAUGUUUAAAUAU